AAAGUGUAAAUUAUGAAUGAAAAUUAACUUUUCCAAAUCAAAUUAUUAUUCUAUAUGAAUGCGAAUCACUUUUUUUCUGCAAGUGGCAAGGCGUUAUACUAUAGGUGGACCGCAAUGUCAAAAUUGCUGUUCGGCCAUUGCUCGUGAAAAAACAAAUUUGUUUACAAAGCAAAUCAUAUCUUUUGGUGACAAAUGCAUUCGUUGGCAAAAUAGCUGCUCGCGCUUCACUGUAGGCAGGUAAUUUUCUGGAUUUUUUUGUAUAACAAUUUCUCAUAAUUGCUUCUACUUUUUCAGAUAUCUACAAUCAGCGGUCGAAUUAAAAACAGUGCAGAAGGAUGUUUUGAGUAUAUUUUACCUUCUAGCCGCGCAAUCAAUGCUUUUCUUUCCAAGCAAGCAGCGUUUUUCGGCAAAAGCAUGAAAUAGAAUCGUACGUGGUACGAAUUUAUCGGCACAAUCUGAUCAAGGACGGAGGCAUCAUCAAACGGAAACUACGCGAAAAACUUUUCGAAGAGAUAAAACUGCGCCGCAACACUCGUGUGAAAAUGGACGAGUUGGGCUGGGUGCUGAUGAACCACAAUUUGAUAACACGUAAUGAGCCAAUCCAACAGCAUGCCAAUGGUAAUCGACCAAAUCAUUUUAAAUUGAACAUGGAGCGGUUGUGCAACCUACUGGAGCAGCAAGAACAGAACAAUCACGCUGAGUUGACUUCCAAAAAGCAAAACAAAUUCCUGCGUAUGCUGGAUGCAAUUUUACAAAACGACAUAGUUUUGAAGGAAAUUAAAGAGAUGGUAGCGGCGAAUCGACUUCUAUCGGAAAUUCGUUAUGUGACUACGGUGGAACGUAUGCUGAAACACAAUUUGGACCCCUCUUUGCGCUGCUGCUUUGUAUGCCGAGAGUAUUUCCGCACUGCCGAUGAGUAUACCAGUCAUUUCGAAAAAUUGCACGGUGAGAAAUUUCUUAUUGUUGCGGCGGUGGAUCGAUUUCAGACUAGUCAAAAGUUCAACGUUCUACAUCACUACAAUGCCCUUAAUCCGGUGACAAUAUUCACGAUUUGCAACGUAUACCACACAGCCCUAAUAAAAAAAAAACAAGAAAAGACGGGUCUAAUAUUUUACAAUAAAGUCUACAAUCUACCACUUUCCACGAAAAUCGGAGAACCACUAUAUCGGUUAGACAUGGAAUGGCUGAUACAUAUAAGGCAGAAAAAAUGUUUAACUUUGGAAUUCAACAUCCUAUAUUUCCUCGUACCAUUAAGUUCAUGGCGCAUUUGAUGUCGGUCAUCGUAACUGCUUCUAUGGAAAUGACGUGAGCAUAUGAUUUGAUUUUUGAUUUUUAUCUCCAUCUCGGAGAAAAGUGUGGUAAACAAUGUCCGGGUUAUUUUUCGUUAUGAGAACCUUGUUUCCACAUCCUUUUACUGCACAAUAAUACGGCAUCUGAAGUAAAUAAAAUAUUCACAAUAUAAUUUUGGCAUGAUAGAGAACCGCGAGAUGAACGAUUAUCUGUGGAGGAGUUGGACAACAGAUUUCUUAGACUUAUAGCACUUUUAUCACACUCACAAGCUAAUCAAAUCCUCACUGUCCCCCAAAAAUAUUGAAUAAUAUAUAAUUUUUUUACCAAAAUAUAUAUUUUAUUAAGGCACGUAGCUUGACGGGGCCGGGAGUCCAAUAUUUUAACAAUUUUUGUCUUACAACUAUGUUAGUAAUAUGUAACCGAUUACUCGCGGUUGGCUCGAGGUUAGUAUUACAAAGAUCUCAUAAUUGGGAUGUUGCAGUCUCCAGUACUAUGUAUGUGUGGCCGACACGGGAUACUUCCUAUUGGAGUAUAACUGACCAUUGAUCAGCGACGCCCCCCUAGUCUGUACCUCAUAUCAAUCGUGGUGCGUCUCUCUUGACUCGAGGAAUCCAGGGUAGAAUGGUCACUGGACGGUACAAUCUUCAGCUCGUGUAGAGUUGCCAUGAGCGGUACAACCUUUGGCUCUUGUUGAAUGAUCAGUGGCCUCCGACCUGUGUAUCUGUAAAGAGUAUGUGUAUGUUUAAUUACAUUACAUGGAGCGGUUAUAAUAUAUAAUAUAAAUACCUUAUUGCAGCUCUAGUACACUAUUUUUCACGAAUAUAUAUUUGCUUAUUUCUUUCUUCAGUUGUUUUCCUCAGCGAGUUGAUAUGAAACCAUAACGACACAACCAAACAAAAAGUAAACAAUGCAGAAAGCUACGUCUCGCAACUCGUCUCACGUAUUGUCAUGAAAGUGUCAAGAACGA